CAGAAUCAGCCACAAGAAUCUCAUUGGAAGGAAUCACGGAUGCUAAUACAAAUAUGCAUUAAUACAAAGAAAGGAUGGUAGAUAAGCCUCAAUAUUCAAGAUAGGAUAUAUACUAAACUCAUCCGAGAUUACUCGUAACCCGCCAUGCCAUCUCCAAUAGAACACGAGGACCAUAUAGGCCAAGAUAAGGGGAAUGAUGGCAAUCUAAAGCAAGGAGAAAUCAAAGCAUUAGCACUUCUGCUUCAAGAAGCAAUUGGAAAGAAUGACAUUAAAGAGGUUGUGAAGAUCCUAAGGCCAGUGAAAGAUCAGAAACACAUCAAUGCAAUCUGUGAACAGAUGGAAGGUUCUGAUCCCCUGAUUCAAGCCAUAGAACAGCAGAAUGAGGCAAUAGCCAUACAUCUUAUAGAGAAAGGAUUCAACUUCAAAAUAUUGUAUACAUACCCUGAACAAAGCUGUAAUCAUCAGUGCUAUUAUGACCAUGGGGAUGGUCAGUGUCCCUCACAAUACAGUGCAGAAAGCUUAGCAGGGCAAUAUAACCUUGAAAAGGUAAAAGAACUGAUGGAUGCAAUAUCAAGUGGAAAUCAUGCACCUGUGAAUGAAGCCAUUACAAAUACAAACAUUCAGUCCAAGAAACGGAUCCAGACAUCCAGUUUAAGCACUGCACAUUUGAAACCUCAACUUGGAAUGCACAAAGAUGAUGUCUUCAAAGUCACACAGAAAUUGAUGGAAUGCAUAGGGAAAAAUGAUCUGAGUGGAGUGCAGGAAACAUUACAGGUUGUCCAAGACUCAACUGCCAUUCAACAGAUUCUCUCUCAGGAUGAAUCUACCGACCCAUUGAUGUGUGCCAUAGAGAACAGAUGUGAACCAAUUGCACUAUUUCUUCUUGAAAAUGGUUUCCCAUACAACAGGCCUUAUACGUACCCGGAUAAGUUGUGCAACCAAUGGUGUUACCUGGAUCACCAAGGCACAUUAAAGUGCCCAGAGUCGCAAUAUGAUUCUUCUGAUAUGGCGGAGAAAUACAAUCUUAAAAAGGU